AUGAACUCUCUAUUUAACGCCGCGCUGAAACAGUCAGCGGCGGUCCGCCGUGACCUUGACACCUUUGCAGAGUCUCCAACCAGCGGGCCUGCUGCUCUACAAGGACAGAUCUCUGCAUCCCUCACAUCUUUUUCACGAACGAUAGAUGAUUACUCCUCACUCUCGAAAAAGGAGCUCAUACCUGCCAAACAAGAGAAAGCGUUCGAGCGAGUAAAGAACUUUAGAACCGAGUUGGCGGACUACAGGUUACAAUUCGAUAGGUUGCGUAAAGAGAGGGAAGAAGCUCAAGUUACUGCAAACAGAAAUGAACUACUAGGCCGCAGACCUCACAACGCAGCCACACCAGAGAACCCAUAUGCCCAACCGAACCUAUCUGCCCAACAUUCAGCGUUCGCGAGCCCCCAUCGCCAGCAAGCCCAUACAAGCGGCGGACUCAGCUUUGGCGCAUCACCGUCAGAUUACAACCGAGAGACACAUGCGCUGCGGGAACAAUCGUUUUUUGCCAAUACGAACAACCAAAUAGAUGAAUUCCUCGAUAGGGGCAGAGCUGUCCUGGCUGAUCUUGGCCAGCAGCGUGAAAUGCUAAAGGGUACUCAAAGGAGACUAUACAGUGUCGCGAACACGCUAGGUGUAAGCGGAGAUACGAUACGGAUGAUCGAGAGGAGAGCCAAGCAAGAUAAAUGGAUAUUCUGGGCCGGACUCGUGAUAUUUAUUUUGUUCUGCUGGGCAGUGCUUCAUUUCCUUCGCUGA